UGAUGAGACACAAAAAUUUCCACCAUGGCGUCUCUUUGCCCUACCUCAGCUAAACUAUCACUUCCCACCAUCCUCCGAAACCUAUUUUACUCCGGACACGUACCACACGUUUACACUCGUCGAACUCAUCAAUGUGAUGCUCGUUCGCCCUCGAACGGAUCUUUUCCUUCCUACCACGCGCUCGGAAAUCAAAGAUACUUGAGCUCCUCCCGCUGUGCUCAUUUCCCCCGAAACGAUUCCCUUGAAUAUUCUCAAGCCGCGGCUCCAGUCACCUCGGAUAAUUUAGCUGUGGACCAACCAGACCAAAUUGCAGACCACAGCCUGAUUAAAAGUCCGCAAAAUGCGCCUUCUUCACUCAUUACGAACUCAAACUCAAAACCAAAACACACGAGAUCGCAUGUAAAAACCGAUUCUCAAAUCUAUCGCCAAAGAGCAGAUAAAUCUUCCAGGACAAAUAAAGAUGUGCCAAACGACAGAAAGCCCCUAGGGCCCUACCCAAAAAAGAAACGCGAGGCGUGGCAGAUCCAGAAAGACGCUCUGAGGAAGAAAUUUGAAGUUGGCUGGAGUCCUCCCAAGAAGCUUUCUCCAGACGCUCUUGAGGGAAUUCGUCAUUUGCAUGCUGUGGCUCCAGAUCAAUUCACGACCCCUGUUCUCGCGGAACAGUUCAAAGUGUCACCAGAGGCGAUUCGAAGAAUUCUCAAGAGCAAAUGGCGUCCUUCCGUGGACGAGCUAGAGAACCGACGCCAGCGAUGGGAAAAGCGACAUGAUCGAAUCUGGAGCCAUCUUUCGGAACUGGGAUUGCGACCGCAUACCAAGCUUACGGAUGAACUCAGCGAUGCGAAGGCAUUGUUGUAUAAGAAUAGUAAUCGCGACAGCAAAAGUGAGGAGUAAUUAUGUUGACUGGACACCAUUGGCACGGUUAUGCGCUGUUGAAUCAUCUGUAUAUUAUUAGGUUCAUGUUCUGUACAUUAGUAACUAUAUAAAACCUAUCUUCCAC